UCAAAUGGCCACGUGAAACAUCAUAGACAAAAAAUUCUUUGGAUAAUUGCUCUUUUCUGGGUCUGGCAGUUUCAGGUUCAGGUGUACUUAAGAACGAAGUAUUGGUUUUUUGGUUAUAUUAGGUCUGAAGAAAUCCAAGAACUUGAGUUGUUGAAAAAUGGGUUUGUUGGGUGAGGGUUUAACGCAGGUUCUGAUACCUGCUGCUGCCUUGCUUGGGAUUGGGUUUGCUUUGCUUCAGUGGUUCUUGGUCUCAAGGGUUAGGGUCUUUGAUGGUUCUGGUGCAGAGAAUGGAUUCAGUGAGAAUCUGAUCGAAGGAGAAGAAGAGGGUGUCGACACUCUUGAGGUUUCCAUCAAAGUUGCUGAAAUCCAAAAUGCCAUUUCUGUUGGGGCAACAUCCUUUCUGUUCACUCAGUACAAGUAUCUUGGCAUCUUCAUGGGCAUGUUUGGCGCGAUUAUUUUUCUCUUCCUCGGCUCGGUUAAGGGGUUUAGCACGAAAAGUGAACCUUGCAUAUACAACAAGGACAAUCUUUGUAAACCAGCACUUGCCAAUGCUGUCUUUAGCACAAUAGCUUUCUUGCUUGGUGCUCUUACUUCAGUCCUUUCAGGAUUCCUAGGGAUGAAAAUUGCUACAUAUGCCAAUGCUAGAACAACUAUGGAAGCAAGGAAGGGUGUUGGUAGGGCAUUCACUAUUGCUUUUCGCUCUGGUUCAGUGAUGGGUUUCCUUCUUGCUGCCAAUGGCCUUCUGGUGCUGUAUAUCUCCAUUAAUUUAUUUAAACUCUACUAUGGGGAUGACUGGGAAGGACUUUAUGAAUCGAUCACUGGUUAUGGUCUUGGAGGUUCUUCAAUGGCACUCUUUGGAAGAGUUGGGGGAGGCAUAUACACAAAAGCAGCUGAUGUUGGUGCUGAUCUUGUGGGGAAAGUUGAGCGGAAUAUUCCGGAAGAUGAUCCACGAAACCCAGCCGUUAUUGCUGACAAUGUGGGUGACAACGUAGGAGAUAUUGCCGGUAUGGGCUCAGAUCUAUUCGGAUCUUAUGCCGAAUCAUCUUGUGCAGCACUCUUUGUUGCAUCAAUAUCAUCGUUCGGUAUUAAUCAUGAUUACGUAGCCAUGUCUUAUCCACUGAUUGUAAGCUCAAUGGGAGUCGUUGUUUGCUUGAUAACUACACUUUUUGCCACUGAUCUGUUUGAGAUCAAGGAUGUUAGCGAGAUUGAACCGUCCUUGAAGAGACAACUUUUAAUCUCCACUGUUUUGAUGACUGCUGGGGUUGCCAUUGUCAGCUUCUUUGCUUUACCAUCAGAAUUCACUCUCUUUAAUUUUGGGACUGACAAGGUUGUUAAGAACUGGCACCUUUUCUUCUGUGUUUCAAUUGGUCUUUGGGCUGGACUUGCCAUAGGAUAUAUUACAGAGUACUACACAAGCAAUGCUUACAGUCCAGUGCAGGAUGUAGCAGAUUCUUGCAGGACAGGUGCUGCGACAAAUGUAAUAUUUGGGCUUGCUCUCGGAUAUAAAUCUGUGAUCAUUCCCAUAUUUGCCAUUGCCAUUGCUAUUUAUGUUAGCUUUAGCUUGGCUGCUAUGUACGGGAUUGCUGUGGCCGCUUUGGGAAUGCUUAGCACCAUUGCCACCGGUCUAGCGAUCGAUGCUUAUGGUCCCAUAAGUGAUAAUGCUGGUGGCAUUGCCGAAAUGGCAGGAAUGAGCCACAAGAUAAGGGAAAGAACAGAUGCUUUAGAUGCUGCUGGAAACACCACAGCUGCAAUUGGCAAGGGGUUUGCUAUUGGAUCAGCCGCUCUUGUGUCUCUUGCCUUGUUCAGUGCCUUUGUGAGCAGGGCUGGCAUCCAGGCAGUUGAUGUAUUGACCCCAAAGGUCUUCAUUGGCCUGAUUGCAGGGGCCAUGCUUCCAUACUGGUUUUCUGCCAUGACAAUGAAGAGCGUGGGAAGUGCAGCUCUCAAAAUGGUCGAAGAAGUAAGAAGGCAGUUCAAUUCCAUUCCAGGACUUAUUGAGGGUAGAGCUAAACCAGACUACGCGAAUUGCGUCAAGAUUUCCACUGAUGCCUCUCUCAGGGAGAUGAUCCCACCUGGCUCUUUGGUCAUUCUUACACCUCUAAUCACCGGAACCUUUUUUGGCGUAGAAACUCUCGCUGGUGUUCUUGCUGGUUCACUCGUUUCUGGUGUCCAGGUUGCCAUCUCAGCUUCUAACACAGGAGGGGCAUGGGAUAAUGCCAAGAAAUACAUAGAGGCUGGUGCAUCUGAGCAUGCUAAGGUACUGGGUCCCAAGGGCUCUGAUGCUCACAAGGCUGCAGUCAUUGGUGACACCAUUGGAGAUCCACUCAAGGACACUUCUGGGCCUUCACUCAAUAUCCUGAUCAAGCUCAUGGCAGUGGAGUCUCUGGUGUUUGCUCCAUUUUUUGCCACUCAUGGAGGCUUGCUGUUCAAAUUGCUGUAAUUUGGAUCCAUCGAGCAAGCCAUCAUGCUAAUUCUGGUGCAUAUAUGUUAAUAAUAAUUAGUAAUAAUUAAAUGCUCCAUAAUAAAAUGUGAACCAAAAACCAGUCUGUAGAUGCUACUGCGAUUAUGUACAGUUGAAGUAUUAGUGAGCCAUCCUUCCGUGGCAUUUGUUUCGGUCCUC